AUAUCCCACUGAAUUGUUCCGAUACAGCAGAGCCAUCUUCUGAAACAGGUUAAUCUACUAAUUGACAAUGAAGCAGAGAAGGAUUACCUUUAUGAUGUGCUGCGGAUGUACCACCAAUCUAUGAAUCUCCCAGUGCUUGUGGGGGACUUAAAACUCGUGAUUAAUGAACCAAGCAGAUUGCCUCUAUUUGAUGCUAUCCGUCCACUUAUCCCACUAAAACACCAGGUGGAAUACGAUCAGCUUACGCCGAAAAGAUCACGAAAGCUGAAAGAGGUGCGAUUGGAUCGGUUGCAUCCUGAAGGACUUGGAAUAAGUGUGAGAGGUGGAGUGGAAUUUAGCUGCGGCCUCUUCAUUUCCCAGCUGGUUAAAGGAGGACAAGCAGACAAUGUUGGACUUCAGGUUGGAGAUGAGAUAGUUCGUAUAAACGGAUAUUCCAUUUCCUCAUGCACACAUGAAGAAGUCAUAAACCUCAUUCGUACAAAGAAAAUAGUGUCCAUAAAAGUAAGACAUGUUGGCAUGAUACCUGUCAAAAGUUCAGCAGAUGAACCCCUUAAAUGGCAAUAUGUGGACCAAUUUGUGUCAGAGUCUGUGGAAGGAAAGGGCAGCGUUGCUGGUCUUGCUUCUUCUGGAGGAAGAGACAAUAAAGAGAAGAAAGUUUUCAUUAGCUUGAUUGGUACAAAAGGCAUGGGAUGCAGUAUUUCCAGUGGUCCAACACAAAAGCCAGGCAUUUUCAUCAGCAAUGUUAAGCCGGAUUCUCUUUCAGCAGAGGUGGGCUUAGAGGUUGGUGAUCAAAUUGUUGAGGUGAAUGGAGUGGACUUCUCUAAUGUGGAUCAUAAAGAGGCUGUCAGAGUGCUCAAAAGUAGUCGUACUUUGACUAUCUCUGUGGUAGCAGGCGCUGGAAAGGAGCUGUUCAUGACAGAAGAAGAAAGGCAGAGAGAAGCACGUCUUCGAGAGCAGGAACGCCAGGAGUUAAUGCAUCAGAAGCGACUUGCACUGGAGACUAACAAAAUCAUCAAAGAGCAGCAAGAGAAAGAGAGAUUAAGAAAACUGGAGAUUUCCCAAAAGGCUGCAGAGGAAGAAGAGAGAUAUCGCAGAGAAAUAGAGCAGAUAACAGCAGAGGAGGAGAAAUUUAAAAAGGAGUGGGAAGAAGAUUGGGGUCCUAAGGAACCUCCCAAAUCUCUAAAAACUGUAACUGCAGAAGUGCACUCUGCCCCUCGUUCUAAACACAAGAUAGAUUUAGAGAGAGUUGCACAUGACCAACUUGACACAGAUGACAUGGAUGAAGGGAUCACGAAGCAGGAGAAACAGGGCUUCCAGAAAUAUUUGGAAGAUUUUGAUCCAUAUUCAAUGUUUACACCAGAGCAGAUUAUGGGAAAAGAUGUACGGCUAUUAAGAAUUAAAAAGGAAGGAUCAUUAGACCUUGCAGUUGAGGGAGGAAUUGAUUCUCCAAUUGGAAAGAUAGUCGUGUCUGCGAUCUAUGAGGGUGGUGCUGCAGACAAACACGGAGGCAUAGUGAAGGGGGAUGAAAUAUUAGCUGUAAAUGGCAAGAUACUAAUUGACAGCAAGCUGGCAGAAGCACAGGCAAUGCUAGCAAAAGCUUGGAAUAUGGGUGGGGAUUGGAUUGACCUAGUUAUUGCGGCAUCACCUCCAAAGGAAUAUGAUGAUGAAGUCCCUACUAUUCCCUCAUCAACAGUCAGUCCCAACACACACAGAAAGGUUUUUGAAGGCAGUGCACCUGUGUACAGACAAGGGUAUCUCCUGCAGCUGUAGCCACUGCAGUAUUCCCUCAUGGACAUUUUUUUAAAGAAGGCUACACUGGAGAAAUGAAGUAUUCCCCCUGCAGAAACCUGUUGUUCUGUAAACUAAUCGGAAAUCAAUCACCACAUGAAAUGCAUCUUUACUUGAAAGAAACGUAAGCAAUCAAUCAGACCUAUAAAUUGAAAUAGAGGCUUCAGAUUCCUCAGGUAACUGGAAUAAUUUCAAAUCAUUCUACGGACAUACAGCAAGAAUUUUUUGCAAAAUCAUUGGGGACUGCCAAUAAGCAUAGUUUGCUCUGUGAGCUCUCCAUCUAUUUGUUGCUAUUUGGGGGUGAAAUUUUGAAAGUAGUCUUCCAACUUUCCUGGAAAUAGACAACAAAAUGGCAAACGAAGAUAGAACACAGAUGACUGUUCCCACAGGCAACACUUGUGAUUACACGUUCACAGGCCAGUUUAAGUGUGAAAAAGAUUAUAUUUUUACUUUGUAUAUAAUGAUUUUCCCUGGAGAGAUGGGACUGUAUGUAGGUAACUUCUGUUCUCACUCAUAUUCUUCUGGCUCUCUUAAUGUCUAUUUCUGUUGCUCAGUUGCGAGUUGUUUUGAGUAUGAAAACCCUGCUGAAUGAAGAGCCAGUAAUACCAGGAGUGUGAGCAUAAUAACAAAUAAUUUUGGUGAUGCUUAUACAGUAUAAAGAAUCUUCUCUGCCAUCAAAGUAAAUAGCUAGCAAGUAGUCCAGAUGUCAUUAUGUGUAGUCACAGUUAUACUACUGAGUAUUUGUAUUGGUGGGAAAAAUUACUCCCUCACAUAGUGGUGUGAUUCACAGCCUGAAGUUAUGUAGUUUGUUCUCAGUGAGGCUAUAUAUGUGACUAAACCGUGCAAGAAAUCAGUAUGUGUAACAUUUCACUCAUGGUGACUAUAUGUCUUCUGUUUCAAUAAAUUACUCAAGACCAUCAAAUCUAUACUAACCUGGCAUAAGUAUGAUUACGGUUGUAGCCUCAGUAUUUUUUUUAUGUUAUCAAGGAUAUCCCCUUUGAAAUGUCAUUUUCUUCUUUCCUUUCUUGUAACUGCCAGUUUGUGUUCUGUUUAUUAUGUUGUGUUUAGAUUUUUCUUACCUGGAUUGGGCAUAUCAAAUUCCCACUGAAAUCUUGCCUUUUCAAGAUUUGGAAACCUUUCUUUCUGUAACACAGGAAAAUAACAAUUACAUUCUUGAGAACUCUGUACUUAACGGAGAUGAUUAUUACAUUGACUUUCUUCAUUUGCAGUAUUGUUCCAAUAUGCCAAUUAAUGUGUCUGGCAGAGUACAUGUUAGAAUGUUUAACAUUUUAAUUCUUACAACUAAACCAGAAAUAAAAUUGCAUUUGCCAAAUGGAAGAA